AUGUUCUCCGCUGCGCGCACCAUCUGGCAGAGCCUCAGCGACGGCAGCUGGUCCUUGCCGGCCGGCGGCGGCCAUGGCGAUGACAGCUCGACUGGAACAGACGAUGGCGACGACUACGACUACGACGACGAUGACAAGGACAAUGGCGACGCCCAGUCCUAUGGCGGAUUCUACGAGCCCUCGUUUGCCGAUGUCCUCGUCGCCAAGGCCAUGCUGCAACGCGCGGGCCACCUGCCACUGGAGCUGGUCGACGACAUUGUCGACUACGCAGAGUAUUGGCCGCACACCCACGCCGAGGCCGACUAUGCCCAGGAGACGGGCAACGGGCUUGUCAUCCCGCCGCGCAGCUUCCGCAACGACGGAAACAACAAGUUUCUGCUGCGGACGCUGCCGCUGGGCUUCCGGCGGCCCCCUGUGCCGGGCGGCCGUGACGCUAGUGGAGAAGAAGACGAGUCGAAUGCCUACAGCACGACAGAGCCGGAACCGCGGCCAUGCCACAAUGUGGGCGGCAACGACAGCGGGGACGGGAACGAAGCCAAUGGCGGCGUGCUUUGCUCCGACGACGACGUCCGCACAUGGUUUCCGGCGGGCCAGGCACCACCGCUCGAGUACCCCUGCCGCAAGAUUGUCUUUACGCUCACCAGCCACGACCAGGGCUGGGCCAACAACCAGCGCGACCGAGGCACCUACAAAGGCUCGUACUCGUGGUUUGACGUCGGACUCGAGCGGUACGGCGUGCCGGCCGGCGGCACAUCCGAGACGAGCAACGACGGCCAAAAGAGCCAAACGACCCCGGCGAUGCCCGCGACGGCAUCGCUUUACACCCUUCGGCCAGACGUCGUCGAAGCGCCCGCGCAGAACGGCGACCCGCAGCCCGCGAGCGCCGCGGACCCGCCGGACCAAAAACGCUACCAGUUCUCGUUCCCUCUCCUGCCGGGCGUCGACCGCCUGCAGUCCAACGUUGUGGCCACGCGUGCGUGGACCGAGCACAAGAUUGUCUGGUCGUGGACCGACGGCAUGGAGGAUGCGGACGCGGACGCGGACGCGGACGCGAAUGGCCCGGCGUCGGCCGCACAAAACAGCGAAGGCCCACCCGCCAGCACAGACAGCAACAUGGCAAAUGCGGCAACCACCACGGCAGCCAACGGGCCCCCGACCGAGGACAAUGUCGACCUCACAGACGGCCUUGACAAUGUACACCCUCUUGAGAAGCUGGGCCGCGGUGCUGAGACGGGCGAUGGCGCGUUUGUGCGCAACCUGCGCGUCGGCGAUGUCGUGACGCUGUGGGCCAAGGCGCGCUUCCCCGGUUGGGUCAACAUUGUCCAGCGAGCACAGAUUGACGUCUACUGGGCUGUAUAG